CGCCUACAUAUCGCUCUCCUCUUAGUACUCGUUUGCCAACUUUCAGCUCGUUAUGUGCGGAGCUUAGUCAAAUGGGAUCUGAGGAGAAAAUAAUCAGCUGGAUCUGCCGGUUCACGGUUAUUUCGGCUUUCUUUUUGAUUGGCUUUAUUAUUGGUUGGUUUGCUCGACCUACUACUGUCAAUCAUGGACAGGUAUCAAAAAGCUUCCUGCGUGACUUUCUGGAUGAGAUGCAGGCAGAGAAUAUUAAACACCAUCUCAGGAAGUUCACAAAACUGCCCCACCUGGCUGGAUCGCAGCAGAAUCUGGAUCUGGCAGAGAAGAUCCGGUCUGAAUGGAUGGAGUUUGGGCUGGACUCAGUGGAGCUAGUGCCAUAUGACGUGCUGCUGUCGUAUCCAAAUAAAACAAGUCCCAAUUACAUCUCCAUAGUGGACCAAUUGGGAAAUGAGAUCUUUAACACCUCUCUGGCAGAGCCGGUCCCUGAAGGUUAUGAAGAUGUUACCGAUAUCGUCCCUCCUUAUAGUGCUUUUUCUGCAAAAGGACAACCAGAGGAUGAGCUGGUUUAUGUUAAUUACGGACGGACGGAGGAUUUCUUUAAGCUGGAGAGAGAGUUGGGAAUAAAUUGUUCAGGAAAAAUCGUCAUCGCUAGAUACGGGAAAAUCUUCCGUGGGAACAAGGUUAAGAAUGCAAUGUUAGCAGGAGCUAAAGGGAUCGUGCUAUUCUCGGACCCUGCGGAUUAUUGUGCGGACGGCGUGGAGCCGUAUCCCGACGGCUGGAACCUGCCAGGAGGAGGCGCUCAGAGAGGAAACGUGCUGAAUCUGAACGGGGCGGGAGACCCGCUCACACCUGGAUACCCUGCCAAAGAAUAUACCUACAGACCUAGUCUGGAGGACGGAGUAGGGAUUCCUAAGAUUCCAGUGCAUCCCAUUGGAUAUCAUGAUGCGGUUCACCUGCUGCAGCAUAUGGGAGGACCUCUUCCGCCGGAUAACUGGAAAGGCGCCCUGAACAUCUCGUACCGAAUUGGACCAGGAUUUGUGGACGGUUUUAAUCAGAAUAAAGUGCGUAUGAACAUUUACACCAACAAUCAGGUGACCCGUAUCUACAACGUGAUUGGCUGGAUCAGAGGAGCGGUGGAGCCAGACAGGUACGUAAUUCUGGGAGGUCAUCGUGACGCUUGGGUGUUUGGAGGGAUUGAUCCCAUAUCAGGAGCUGCUGUGGUGCACGAGAACGUGAGAGCAGCUGGGAAACUCAUGAAGAAAGGUUGGAGGCCAAGGAGAUCGCUGAUCUUUGCCAGUUGGGACGCAGAAGAGUUUGGUCUGCUGGGAUCCACAGAAUGGGCAGAGGACAAAGCCAGAGUCCUGCAGGAGCGAGCCGUGGCUUACAUCAAUGCAGACUCUGCUAUUGAGGGUAUGUACACACUGAGAGUCGACUGCACUCCCUCCCUACACACUCUGGUUUAUGACAUCACCAAGAAGGUUUCUAGUCCAGAGGAAGGAGAGGAGGGCAUGACUUUAUAUCAAAGCUGGCAUAAACGAGACAACUCCACAGAAAGAGAUGCACCAUGGAUCAGUAAACUGGGCUCUGGGAGUGAUUUUGAAGCGUAUUUCAUCAGAUUAGGCAUUGCGUCUGGAAGGGCGAGAUACACCAAAAACAGAAAAACCGAACGCUACAGCAGUUACCCUGUGUACCACAGCGUGUAUGAGACCUAUGAGAUCGUGGAGCGAUUCUAUGACCCGAGUUUCCGCCGGCUCGAAGCCGUGGCCCGUGUUCGCGGUGGACUGAUCUUCAGUUUGGCUGAUUCCAUGGUCUUACCUUUGGACUGUGUGGAAUACGCCAUGUCACUCACCAAAUACGCCGAAAGCAUUUACCAGCUGGCAGCGAAGCAUCCUGCUGCCAUGCAACAGUACAGUGUCUCAUUCGAUUCUCUCUUCUCUGCAGUCGGGAACUUCACGGUCGCGGCACGAGACUUUCAUCAGCGUCUUGACAAGCUCGACACCUCUAAUGCUCUGGCCGUGCGGAUGGUAAAUGAUCAGCUGAUGUAUUUGGAGAGAGCGUUCACUGAUCCGCUGGGUUUGCCUGGAAGACCGUUUUACAGGCAUAUCAUUUUUGCGCCCAGCAGUCACAAUAAAUAUGCAGGUGAGUCUUUCCCAGGGAUUUAUGAUGCUUUGUUUGACAUUGAGAAUGCGGCGGACCCGCAGAAGGCCUGGGACGAGGUUAAACGCCAAAUCAGCAUCGCCGCCUUCACAGUCAACGCAGCUGCAGAGACACUAAAGCCUGUCGUCAGCUAGACGGCUUCCUUCACUUUUGGUUUUCAAAACAUGCUGCGGAUAUGGGACUAUAACGUGUCAGCAAAAUAGUUAAUAUGUCAGUGUUUUAUCAAGUGCAGCAACUACAAAGGGAAUAUUUCACCCAACAAUGAAAAUUUGCUCACAAUGUACUCACCCUCAGGCCAUCUAAGAUGCAUUUGAGUUUGUUUCUUC